AUGAGAGGCUUCAUCGGUGCUGUGGCCGGCCUGGCCGCUGUUGCCAGCGCUACCCCCUCUCUCUCCAUUGAGACUGUGCACGACGGCGCUGCACCCCUUCUUUCUUCCACCAACGCCGAGGCCGUCCCGAACUCAUACAUCGUCAAGUUCAAGAAGCACGUCUCGGACUCCGGCGCCUCGGACCACCACAACUGGGUCCAGAACAUUCACUCCUCCGCUCAGGAUGAGCGUCUCGAGUUGCGCAAGCGUGGCCAGGAGCCUAUGGUUGACGAUGUCUUCCACGGCUUGAAGCACACAUACAAGAUUGGCAAGGACUUCUUGGGCUACGCCGGUCACUUCGAUGAUGCCACCAUCGAGAAGGUCCGGAGGCACCCUGACGUCGAGUUCAUCGAGGUCGACUCCGUUGUCCACACUCAGGUUCCCGUCAAGUCCCAGGUUGAGGACAAGUGUGACGGCGAGCUCGAGAAGCUGGCCCCCUGGGGUCUGGCUCGUGUCUCCCACCGCAAGUCUCUCGGCUUCGGCACAUAUGACAAGUACCUCUACGCUGAGGAUGCUGGUGAAGGUGUAGAUGCCUACGUUAUCGACACCGGCACCAACGUCGACCACGUCGAUUUCGAGGGCCGUGCCAAGUGGGGAAAGACCAUUCCCUCUGGUGACCAGGACGCUGAUGGCAACGGCCACGGCACUCACUGCUCCGGCACUAUUGCUGGCAAGAAGUACGGUGUCGCCAAGAAGGCCAAUGUCUACGCCGUCAAGGUUCUCCGCUCCAACGGCUCCGGUACCAUGUCCGACGUCGUCAAGGGUGUUGAGUGGGCUGCCACUUCCCACACUGAGCAGGUUCAGGCCGCCAAGGAUGGCAAGCGCAAGGGCUUCAAGGGCUCCGUUGCCAACAUGUCUCUCGGUGGUGGCAAGACCCAGGCUCUUGAUGCUGUUGUGAACGCUGCCGUAGAUGCUGGUAUUCACUUCGCCGUCGCCGCCGGCAACGACAACGCCGAUGCCUGCAACUACUCCCCCGCUGCUGCCGAGAAGGCCGUCACCGUCGGUGCCACUGAGCUCGGCGACCGCCGCUCUUACUUCUCCAACUACGGAAAGUGCACUGACAUCUUCGCCCCUGGCACCAACAUCAAGUCCACCUGGAUUGGCAGCAAGUACGCCGUCAACACCAUCUCCGGUACCUCCAUGGCCUCUCCCCACAUUUGCGGUCUCCUGGCCUACUACCUUUCCCUCCAGCCCGCCUCUGACUCCGAGUACUCUGUCGCUCCCAUCACCCCCAAGAAGCUCAAGGAGGCUCUCAUUGCCGUCGGUACCGUCGGUGCCCUCAGCGACAUUCCCCGCGACACCCCCAACGUCCUCGCCUGGAACGGCGGUGGCUGCAACAACUACACUGCCAUCGUCAAGGCUGGCGGUUACACUGUCAAGCAGGAGUCCAAGGAGACCACCAUCGAUGACCUCGAGAAGGCCAUUGAGGAGGACUUUGAGGUUCUCUCUGGCAAGGUUGUCAAGGGUGCCAAGAGCGUCGGCACCAAGGCCGAGAAGUUCGCCAAGAAGAUCCACAACUUGGUCGACGAGGAGCUUAAGGAAUUCCUCAGGGAGACCUCUUUUACCAAGUCGAGGUCGACUCUGACUCGAAGCAAGUCUACGGCUUCCGUUCGCUCGGCUGUUCAACGAUUAGAGCACAUUGAUCCAGCCACUGCCGAAAGAGAUGCUCAUAUUGCCGCCACCCUAUCCUUCUCUCGGGCGAACCACAAUGCCGAUGUGGACAUAGGAAUUGAAUCUUUGAGGCAAUUCCAAAAGCCUUUCAACAUGAAGACUUGGUCGGAGAAUCCCUCAAGUCAGCUUCCAAGCGAAUCGGAUCGGCUCAGCUCCAAUGCCGGGGGUCUACGCCGGCAGCAGAGUAUUCGAUUUGUGAAGCAAGGGGCUCGAACCAAGCGAAAGCAAAGUCAAAUCAACGAUGACUCGCCUGAUAUAGGGACUGUUUGUCACCGGAGCGUCCUCAAAGAUGUUGCCAAUCAGCCCGCUAGCCGAACUUGUCGUACUGCCGAGCGUCCAUUUGUGAGCACUUAUACGACCAACUACAUCAAUUCUUUACCUCCGAGCGAAUCGUUCGGGUCUCCAGACGAAUGUGCACCUACUCCAGCAUCGUACCGAAGACUGCGCAAGUCACGCUCAAUGUUUGCCCCCUUGAAUCCGAUCGGUCUGCGCCGACCAAGCAAAACAUACUUCAGCGAGUCUCCGGAGCAGGAGAAUGUACAGCCUGCUUUGGGACGACAGUCUAUGCAAGACAUGAAGGAGAACAAGCCAUCACCGAAGAAGAUUCUUGGGCUGAGGAACCCAAAGUCAAUGAGCUUUCUCAAAAUUCGGGGCGUUCUGGAUUCUGACAGACUUGGGAGCCGACAGCAGAUCGAUUUGGCAGUCCAAGAAGCCGAGGACAGUUUCCGCAAAGACGUCGAGGAACAACGGCAAUCGAAACCGCGACCAUCGACGAUAUUCUCGAAAGCAAAGAAAGGUCAGGCGGCUCUGAGUUUACGCCGAUCCAUGAGAGACUUCAGUGCCGAUGUUCAAUCGCUUGGCCCGGAAAAUGGUUUCGUGAUCAAUAAGGACGCUUCUCUUCGAAAGAAGGCCCGAAAAGUCUCAAGCAGUCUCAAAAGCAAAUUGAAAGAUAUGUUCCGCCGGAGUAAGAAGGAUGAUUUGGUUGUGGAAGCUAGCGGGCCUCCUUCAAAGGUUUCGAACGUAGUCCAAGAUCUCGUUGGCGUUGACAACGAACAGGACGAUGCAUACAUGGACAUUGCGGACCCUGUGUUGUUGGACGAGUGUUCGAUCUCACAAGUGCCUUCACGAGUCCCGUCUCUUCACGAUGCUUCCCCAACCCAGAAGCUUCACUCGCGAAAAGGAAGCAUAGAGAGCAUUGGAGGUGAAAGAAAGGCAUCAGAUGAGAAAUCUCGCGUCACCAGUUGGACGAGCUCGGGCACUCAUACUCUUAACAGUCAAAGUACUUGGGGCGGGGAGCGGGAGCGUCAGCGGCUGUCCGUCAUCAAAGAGAUUGGACCACAUAAGUCCUCAUCUUCUUUCCAGCGACCAGGCCUGGCUGACCGUAACCCAUUCAAGUCCGAACCACCACCUCCGCAACAGGAUGAACUCGUCCGCCUCGGCCCAUCAGUCGAUAGCGCCAGAGUCUACUCCGCCCUCAUGAAGCGAUUGGACGAAUGCAAGCAAAUAAGUCAACGAGAAGAGCAGCUACGGCAUGGUAGUGAUGGGAGUACCGGUCUCAAUUGGAACGGCAAAGUUGGUUCGUCGACAUCUCUCGGCGGCCAGGAACUUGACGAAGCUACGAAUCAAGACCUACCAACCAUAAGAUGUGUUUUACAAGAGGACGACGUCUUCCAUGACAGUCCAUGGGAGCAAAGAUUGAAAACAGUGGUUGAGACCGAAGGCCCUCAGUCGGCUCAUGAUGAAGCGGUAUCCCCAUCCGAUAGUACAAUGCAUCAUCGCCAGCGUUCGGCUUCUGAGACUACCUUUGAAGCUUACAAGCCUUACUCAAGACCCGUGGCCGGGGUCGAAACAGGCCACUCGCCCUCGAAGCCGUAUAAUUUGCAGGGCGAUAAGACCGCGAAUCCACCAAGAGCAUUGUCUAAUCGCAGUUCGGCGUUCUUUGGCAGCCCGACUUGCCAUCUCUUCCGCACCACGAGUCCAUAUCGCAAGGUCUUGCAAGAGAAGGUCAGAUCAGAGUCACAGGCUCCAGUUUCAGAUCAGUUACUCUCACCAUCAGUUUCAAUGCUGAACCUCGACCUUAUACCUACAAGGCGUCGCCCGAGUCUCUCUAAGGAAGAUUCCCGACUUGCUUACUCUGAAAGUAUAUACUCUAACGAUCUUCUCUCCCCACGUGCAUUACCACAAAGUGUCGGGGGACAAACAGAACCAAGAGUGCCACCCCGACACCCCAACCAUGUAGUGGCCGGUUCUGAUUAUCGACAGACACCCUCUAUGUCCAACAACUUGGAGGCUGUUGCGAAGGAUCUCAGUCCUAAUGCUACACCCGUGAUUAACACACAUCAAAUACGCUACUUGCCAAGUGGCUCUUAUACCUAUACACCGACAAUGCCACAGAGCCGAACGGUCUCAAACGCAAGUUCUGUGGAGUGGAAGACUUGGCUCUCUGCCAAUGCGGCGCAUACCGACGCUAAGUUGGCCAAUACUGGAACUCAGCACCUGGCGGAAGUUCGUCACGCAAAGACAAGUAUGCCUAGAAGCUUGGGUCAUGUGCGUGAGCGCGCAGAGAUUGAGGACCCUGAAUCUCCAACUUUGUACAGAGCUAUGGGCACAGGAAAGACCAAACUGCAAACGCCACUAAGAGUGACGAGCCACAAUCCACGUCAAGUGUCGUCUGCCAGCCGCGUUGAGCUUGGCAUAGACGAUUCAAAGUUCUCCACACCUUUGAGAGACGAGAACACGAUCCCUGAGACGGGCGGACGCGUGGCUAGGCGUCUUCGUGGCAUCUACAACCCUCCACCAAUUCCGCCCAGAAGCUCUUUGAGGACGACCCCUUCGAUGCCGGUUUUGCAGUCUCGUCUUUCUCAUAGCAACUUACCCGUUAAAGCCGUAGAUCGACAAGCUUCCAAGGUUCGCAGCAUGGACGCCAUCCCAAAGGCCCAAAAUUCCGAGUCCCCCUUCCAGCCCAAGACACGAUCUCCGGUCAAAUUAGUCAGACGCACCGGACUACAAAAAGGGCUUCAAUCGUCUGCUUCCAGCCCAGGGUUGACAAUCGAGAAACAAUUCGGUCCCAUGCUGGCCAGUCAUGAUGGCGGGUCUCCCAGGGAGAGGCGGGGGUCCGUUCGUCGGCUACUAGACUCCAGCGACCCGCAUGAUGGUGAGAGAUCCGAUACCGCGAGCCUUGACUGGAAGGCCGAAGCAGCUGGCAGCCAUCACUUGGUGGAGAAUUUUCUCAGCAGUAGGCGUCGGCCACCAGUCCAUGGGGCGUUCGUAUGA